AACACUAGCGUUUUCCCCUUUCUUUUCAAAUGAUUUCAUUGUCUUACCCUCAAAAUCUUGAAGCUUGGCUGAAAAGUCUCGCCCCUCGUCUAGUAUGUCGCAGUGAGGGAGCGAGGAGAUCCUCCUACGCGCUUUUGUCCAGAGCUUGUCGCUGGCGGUAGCAACCAACACACCGAGAGCCAGAAAAAUCAGCAGGACGAGGCUCUGUUGCUGCAGGUCUUCUCGUGUGAGCCUCGAUAGAGGAAGCUCGCAUUGCGUUGUGUGAGGGUAUCUUGGAUGUCCUUGUGUAGAAACUCAGAGAAGUGGAGAAGGUGAGCACCGUUCCACCGAGUGUUGUGAGCUCGUGGAUUAAAAGGCGGGCUUAUUGUUGCGGCAGGGUACAGAUUUGGUGGAUCUUGAAGCGGAGUGCCGAAUCUGUCAGCCCUAAUUGUUGGGGUCGCUUCACAGUUUCUCCAUGGCGAAGAGCGAAACGGGGGCCGCUGCCAACAGCGGCGUGUUCAGGAAAAUUGUCCUGAGUUACACCUACGUUGCAGUAUGGAUCUUCCUCAGCUUCUCUGUGAUUGUUUUCAACAAAUACAUCCUCGACCGCGGAAUGUACAACUGGCCAUACCCAGUCUCCCUAACUAUGAUCCAUAUGGCGUUCUCCUCCGGGCUCGCCUUCCUCCUGGUGCGCGUGUUCAAGAUGGUGGAGCCCUGCGCCGCGAUGACUAAGGACCUCUACUUCAGAUCCAUCGUUCCUAUCGGCCUCCUUUUCUCCCUCUCCCUUUGGUUCUCGAACUCGGCGUACAUCUAUCUGAGCGUCUCCUUCAUCCAGAUGCUGAAGGCGCUCAUGCCCGUGGCGGUGUACUCCCUCGGGGUCCUCUUCAAGAAAGACAUCUUCAACUCAUCGACUAUGGCGAACAUGGUCAUGAUCUCGAUCGGUGUUGCCAUUGCUGCAUAUGGUGAGGCGCGGUUCAACCUCUGGGGCGUCACCCUACAGCUUUCAGCUGUAUGCGUGGAAGCUCUCCGCCUGGUCUUGAUCCAAAUUCUUCUCAACUCCCGGGGAAUUUCCCUCAACCCCAUCACUACGCUCUAUUACGUCGCGCCCGCGUGCUUUCUCUUCCUCUCUGUGCCCUGGUACCUGAUCGAGUACCCGAAGCUGCUCGACACGUCGUCAUUCCACUUCGAUUUCUUCACGUUCGGCCUCAAUUCAAUGAUCGCCUUCCUGCUUAACAUUGCUGUGUUCGUGUUGGUCGGGAAGACGUCCGCGCUCACUAUGAAUGUGGCGGGCGUGGUGAAGGAUUGGCUUCUAAUCGCCUUCUCUUGGUCCGUCAUUCUGGACAAGGUUACCUCCAUCAACCUCUUAGGCUACGGCAUCGCUUUCAUUGCUGUCUGUUACUACAACUACGCCAAGCUCCAGGCCAUGAAGGUCAAGGAACAGCAGAAGCUGCAGAAGGUUGGUGACGAGGAAGAGAAUUUGCGGCUGCUGGAUGCCAAGUUGGAGAGACACGAGGAGACCCUACCGCCGGCUCACAAGUCCGACGCAUAGAUUUACUAACUUUUAAUCCCCCCCGCCCCUCUCUCAAACACCUUCCUGUUGAGCCGCUGAAACCUAUGGAAGGCUCUCAGCAUCUCACUCUGCUCUCGUAUCUGUAGCAUGAUUGCUACAGUGGAGCUUCUGAGCUCAAAGACGGCAGGAAUUUUCAUACUUGACUUUCUAACCUUAGUUAUUCUUAUGUGGAUGUACACACUAGGACAGACAGACAGACGGACAGCAUGACCAACCAUGGAGCAUGGAUAUUAGGUAUGAUUUAUGGCGAUACUGGGUGACGCUGGGGGAUCUUUGGCAGGAAUAAGUAGUCAGCUGAGGACUCUCUCUUUCGCUCUUUCGCUCUUGCUUCUGUUAUGUUUCGUUCCCACACAUUUCUAUAUCAGUUUUGCAGAGAUUUUGUUUCGAACUCCA